GGGUUAAUUUGUCCAAUUUUAGAGUUCCCCCAAUUUGGGGGGUUUUGGAGGGUUAAAGAUACAAAUUGACCAUAUUACCCUUACAAUAAUACAAAAUUCCAAUUUUAGCCCUAACCUAAUUUCAUCUCAUUCUAACGACUCAUUUCACUGUAACUGUGCACGCUCUCUUUUCUCCCGACGGCGACGUGAAUGGCGAUCUCAACCUGAACGGCGGCGAACGACGGAGAAGGAAAACAACACAGUUUCCUUCAUCUCUCUCGAUCCUCUUUCUUCUGUUUAAAUGGAUCAUGAAAUGGCUCGUCAAACAAUUAUGGAAUUGAUUAGAUGGAGAGCAAGACUUCGAAUGACACUUGUUCAUGUCAUAUGUCUUGUAGUUUGUUACUAUAGGAUUAAAAUCCAUUCUCAAAGUAGGAUAGUUGAUCGUAGUUUGACUCUUGAGAAGGAUAGAGUACGCAAUAAGAUAAUGAAUAUAGUUGCUACUAGUGAAGGUCGGAAGAUAAUAAGAAUGAGUCCUAAGGCGUUUUUGGACUUAUGCUCUAUAUUACAACAAGAAGGUGGUCUUCUACCAACACAAAGGGUAACCGUAGAGGAACAAGUUGCUAAAACUCUUUACCUUCUAACACACAAUGUUAGAAAUAGAGAGAUUCAAUUCUGGUUCCGACGCUCUGGCGAAGCUACUAGUCGUCAUUUUCAUCGGGUGCUCCGAUCAAUAAUUGAGAUAGGGCGUACCUAUCUCAAACAACCAGAUGGAUCACGCAUUCCGGUAGAAAUUCUUGGAAAUUGGUGAAAAGAAAUUUUACUAAAUGUCAUGACAUUUUCAAUGGCAUGAGCGGUUUUGCUUGGAAAUCAGACACACAUAUGUGGGAUGCUUUACCUGAAGUUUGGAAAACAUUAAUUGAGGCAAAACCUGAAGCUGCACAAUGGAUGAACAAACCUUUUGCCAAUUAUGACAAAUUGGUUAUUGCUUGUGGAGAUGAAAGGGCCACUGGAGGAAAGGUUAUGAAUGAUGAAGAUAUUCGCCAAAAUCAUCCCCUCAAUCGUGAGUCAGAAUCCAUUGGUACUAGUGACCAGGUGACACUAGAGAGUUUGCAAGAGGGCGGCAAUGAGCAGGAUGUCACUUCUCCUGAGGUCCAAAUUCCCCCAGAACCUAGAGCCAAAAGAUCUAGAAAGUCCCGAGAUGAAGAUGAAGUUGAAGGGAUAAAAGCUGCCCUUUUGAACGUUGCUGAUGCUUUUAGAGAGAGUACUGCAUCUCAUGAUAAGUAUUUUAAAGACAGCAUUGCAGCUUAUGAGAAAGCUAAUUUAAAACUUCCAAUUUCAGAAGAAGAAGUUUUUAAACUUCUUGAGGAAUUGCAAGUGGAUAGUCAUAUGAUCAUUCGGGCAUAUUCUUAUCUUCUAGAGUUUUCUGAGAAGGUUAGAGCUUUACUUGGACUUCCAAAACACUUGCGGAAGAGUUUUCUAUUAGAAUCGAUGGUUGGUCAAGGUUACUUGUCAAGGUAAUUUAUCCAUUUUCUCAUCAAGUCAAGGUUAUAUCUUGGCAUUGGUGUAUGAGUAGGUUGAAGAUUGCAGCUUGUUUAUUUUAUGAAUAGCUCUAUUAGCUCUAUUGAUAGUGUUUGUCUAUCACAUAUUAGAACCCACCUAUCAUCAUGGUACUAAUGGUUGUUUCAUCUCUACAUAUUGUUUUGGUCUCUAAUGAGGAUCUUGAAGUCCUAGAUUAUGACAUUAGUAUAGAAUUUUGUAAUCUUGUAUUGGGAUUUAGUUACUAGCAUAUUUGACACAUUUGUCAUUUUUAUGUCAUGUAUUGAUAUAACAGGAUAUGUUGCAUUUUCA